GCAGAAGGAGCGCGCAUGCGUGCGGCGGGCCGAGCGGGUUGGGUUGGGUUGGGGCGGGGCCGAGGCAAAAGCGUUCUGAAGACGGGGGCUGGCGAGGCUCAAGCUGGGUGGCUUCACAUAUGAAGAAAGCUGUUGGGCAGCUGGGGUCAGCAAGGGUACCUGUAACCAUGAGGUCCCUGCAGCUGCUCAGAAUCUCCUUCCUGUGCGGCCUGCUGUGGGUCUGUUGUGCCCCAAGGGCCAGGGCUGAGGAGCCCGGGGCCAGCGCCCCUCCUGGCAGCGUGGGCCUCGAUAAGAACACGGUGCACGACCAUGAGCAUAUUAUGGAACAUCUAGAAGGCGUCAUCAACAAACCAGAGGCGGAGAUGUCCCCACAAGAACUGCAGCUCCAUUAUUUCAAAAUGCAUGAUUAUGACGGCAAUAAUUUGCUUGACGGCCUAGAACUCUCCACAGCCAUCACUCAUGUCCAUAAGGAGGACGGGAAUGAACAGGCACCACCAAUGAGUGAAGCUGAACUGAUUAACUUAAUAGAUGGUGUUUUAAGAGACGAUGACAAGAACAAUGAUGGAUACAUCGACUAUGCUGAGUUUGCAAAGUCCCUGCAGUAGACAUUAUUUGGCCAUGUCCUAGGUAUAUGCAAAUGUGACCUGUUAUAAUGUGACUGAAUGCUUUCGGUAAUGCAAAAUAACUCAUUUCUAACUACUGCUAUAGUCUUUUGAUUAAAACCUAUUGAUUAAAGCAGUUUGUUACACUGGGGUGAGAAAAGGAAAUGAAGAGAAAUAGAAGAGAAACGGGACAUAUUGUAGUCUCCAAGUGCUGUUGAAUCUCUUACUGGAUGAGGGCCUGAUUAAACAGUCCUUUUGAGAAUACUAGAUAAUUGGAGCUGCGUGCUCAGGAAUCACACUGUAGAACACUGCUGGUCUUUUGGUUUUAAUCCACACUGUCAGAAAAGUAAGAUAAGCUUUGCCAAGUGAACACACUUUUCAGUAACAGUGAAGGAAUGGAAUGAAUACCAGAUGUUUUCCCUGGUGGAUCCUACCUCUUCAGGUAAGUGGGGUCAGUAUUCUAGAAAGUUCCCCUGGGCUAAAUAAGCACUUGCUCUGGGCAAGUGAGUAUUAGGCUAUUUCAAAGCCACAGCAUAAGAAGAAUCUCACGUAUUAAGUCUAGCUAAUCACAGAAUAUUCGCUUACCUUCUGGGGCUUGGAAAUGAUACACCACUGAAAACCUUUAAAGGUUUUCAAUAUUUUAUAAAACUACUACCAUAUCUUAUACUUUAUUUCAUUGAUAUCUUCAAUCUAGGGGAGACCUUGAAUUUAAAGGUGUUCUUUAUUCUAAUCAUUAGCAAAUGUUUUAGAUUUCUUAAUAUUUGUAUUUAACUCUUGUUUUUAGGGUUUCAUUUUUGAAGUUUAGAAACUAUUGGGAACGUAAGGACUCAUGCCUUUUGCUUGAUACAGUGGGGGUAAAACAACUAACUGGUCCUGCCUAAGUGAGAAGUGAAAAGACCAUUCACCAAGCACCAUGAUUAACCUGAUAAAAUUAGAAGAAAUGUUGUUUAAACAGACUCUUUUGGCUUAAAUAUGUGAAUUCCUUCAGAUCAGGAAAGAAUAAAAAAAGAUGCCUAAAAACUCUUAAUAGUGUGAAUCUUAUAGUUGAAAAUGAGAAACAGCAGCAAAUUGUAAUUUGGUAUAUUGGAUGUGAUGGACGCGCUGUAAUAGAAAACCUGAAAUGAUAGUUGAAUGAGAAAAAACUGCAUAAAGUUUGCUGUAAGAUGUAUAGAGAUUUAUUUUCUUUAUUAAAAUAUUCUUAUAGAGAACAUGUAUUUGUAAAAAUGGUUUCCUGUGUCAAGUAUUUGUGCAAUCAGAGCUGAAUUGUAAACUAUUCUUGUAAUAUGUAGUUAUUUUGAAAAAUUUAUAUAAUGAUUCUGGAUAUAUGACUAAUAAAAGUGAUGAAACAAAGA